AUCUCCAAAAAUUCACAUGCUCCACUAAAAAAUACGUAAAAAUUCUAAAUAAUUUAAGAAUAAAAUCAAAAAUGAAGGUAAAACCUUUCAACACUCUUUAAAAUUCUUCAUUGAAAAAUCUUCAAGCAUUACAGAAACACAAAAACAAGUUAGCCCCUGUAUUUAUGUUUUGAAAUAUGAUACAAAAGUAUGAUACAAGUUAAAAUCAGUUGUUAGAGUUUAACGGUAGAAAAAAAUAAAUAAAGCAAGUUAGAUUUUCAAAAUUGACAUAGUUUGGAUUUUACCCUUUUCAACCGAGAAGCUAGUAAUGGGGAAAUUUUGGAGGGAGCUUUUUUCAUUGGAGCUUUUGGAAAAUAACCUUCUCUGAUAAGGAUUUAGUGAUAAGGAGGGACUCGUGAUUCUCUUGGAAACGAAAAAACACAUAAAUAAUAAAAAGUCUUGGUGAAAUAAUGAUGUGAAGAAAGUGAAAGUCUUGAUGUUUGGAAAAAAAUCCGCCGAGCCUGUACCCGGACCUUCUGGACUGGCCGAGUCUUCAAAAAGGACCAGGAGAUUGAGGGUGACAUCGCCCUGUACUGACAAAUACAACAGGAAAUGGUCCGUCGAGGAGAAGACCCAACUGCUCGACGCCCUGAAAACAAUCGGACCGAAGGAUAUCGACCAGAUCGCCACGCACGUCCCUUCUAAGCACAAACACCAAAUUACGACCUUCAUCAAUUACCUGAAGCGAAAGGCCAAAGUCAUCCGAGAGAUGCGACUUCAAAUGAAGUACGUCGACAAAAUGUCAAACAUCAAAGAAUGGAUAUCCUGGGCCAAGAGGACGUCAACCGUCGACUCAAUUGGAGAAAACCUGCCGCUUUUGUUUUCAAUACUCGCUAUUUUAAAAUUUGAAAAAUUCCCCAGUAUGAAUUAUUCUGACAAGGAUUUUACUAUUAAUUUCAAUGAAGCAUAUUUGUUUCUGUUUUAUCUUCUCAACGGAAAUAAGGAACAGAUGAGAGUGGUUUCUGAACCAACGAGAUCAUUCGUGUUUGAAAGUAUUAAAAUGGCUGCAAAGUCGUCUGUCGUCCAUUCUGAAGCGUUGACCAAAAUUUUCAAUGGGAAGAUCAAUCCUUUGCAGUCAUUCCUUUAUCCUAGAAAAAUGAAUGACGAGAGUGUACAGGAGACAUCGCAUGAUCAGGAAGUAUUUCUGGAAUCGACCGUCAACAAUCCAUUAAUGUUCCCUCGCCAUACCGUCGAAGUGAAUUCUGAUUUAAUGAACCAUUACAUUGAAUUAAAAUAAUUAAAAAAAAAAAAAAACUGUC